AUGGUGAUUGAUAUGCUUAAGGCUUACAAAGGCAAAAAUAUAGUUGUAGUGUAUGGUGAGAAGGGCGAAGACCCAAUACCUUGUACAAAAGAAUCUUCUAGUGAUGAGGAACCAAGUUGGAUGAGGGAAGGGUUGGAAACACCUUAUGAAGAUGUAUUUAGUAAUGAUGGGAAUGACAACG